AUCGAUGGUAUUGGUACCAACAAGCCAAGAACCAGCUGAUAAAAAAUUUAGAUGACGAUAGAAAUUACAACGUUGCUAAAAAUAUUAUCCUUUUCAUCGGAGAUGGAAUGGGUCUGACUACAGUGACGACAGCUCGUAUCUUGAGGGGACAAAAGAGAGGUCACACAGGAGAAGAAAAUGAACUGACUUUUGACAAAUUUGAAUACGUCGCUCUAGCGAAAACAUACAACACCAACAGUCAAGUUGGGGAUUCUGGUGCUUGCGCAACGGCUUUACUAUGCGGUGUUAAAGGCCGUUUCGAGACUGUAGGAUUAGACGACAGCGGGAUCUUCGAAAAAUGUGAAAGCAGUCUUUUAGCCCGUAUUCCAUGCCUUGCAGAAUGGGCUCAAGCAGAAG